AUGGCUAUGGAGCGUCAGAAGAAAAGGGAGCUUCGCGAUCUGAAUGAGAGGGCAUGGGCUGGCGAAAAUGAUGUAUUCCCAGUCAGCAAGUCCCUCGACUCGGCCCUCAAAAAGAACACUGCCUUUAUCAAACGUCUCCGCACCGGCAUCAGCGCCUCCUCGCUAUCAACCUUCCUGUCCGAUAUUCGCACCUUGUCUCUCCACAAAUACUUGUCUGAGAUCAUCACCGCCUGCUAUGAAGGUGUGUGCAAGCUCAAGUCGCCCGGGGAGAUUGCCGUUGGCGUUGAGAUCGUCUGCGCUCUACAUCAGCGAUUUGGCCCUGCAGAAUUCACCCGGCAGAUCGGGUGGCUGUUUGGCCGUGGCUUAAGUUCCCCCGAUAAGGCAUCCCUCAAGGCUCUUCCCCAGGAAUAUCGUGAGCGGGAGGAAAAGGAACGGCUAUCGCGGCACCGAGUCCUCCUGCGCGUCGUCACAGAAUUAUGGCUUGUUUCUGUUCUGAAAACAUUGGAUGACGUCGAGCGUCCGGAAGACCUGGGCACGAAAAGCAAAGAUGGAGUGGUCGGGAUCGGAGGCAAGCAAGAUACCCCGCUCAAGUCGAAGAUACCGGCCGCAGUGAAGGACCAGGACAAGCAGGCGGAACCAUUCCCCCUGGAGGUUUUGAAGGAGCUCCUAGGCCAUGACCGUGACCAUACCAAUCUACCACUCGCCGUUCUCUUUGUGAAGAGCUUCAGCUGGGACAUACUAGGCACGACACUCACGGACGAAGGCCGAAAGAAUGUGGAAGCGGAUGGUGUUACAACCACGGCGGCCGGCUCAAAGCAGGAGACGACAGAGGAUAGCAGUGAGACUGCUGCUGAAGCUGAUCCACCGCUUAUCUCGGAGAAGGUCCAACAACGGUUCAAGAAUAUCAUGAACCGUUAUUUGGAUGAUGUCAAGGCGCAUGUUGUUCGUGACCAAAGGGCGCUGGCCCUGCAAAGCCGUCGAAACGCCGAGGCAUAUGUCAAGAGUGGUGAGAUCUUCGAAGAUCGUCAGUCCAACUUUGAGAAACAGUCAAAGUCCCUCGAGAAGCUUGUCGCCAAUACGCAGGUAUUGUGUGAGGCUCUCGGGGCCGAAAUGCCUGAUUUGGCCGAGAAAGAGGCCAAUGAUUCUGCAUCUAGUGGCGGCAUUGGUCUUGUGAAAACUACAGAUUAUCUUCGUGGACAGGGGGAAGGUGCCGGUAUCUGGGAAGAUGAGGAGGAGAGACGGUUCUACGAGAACUUGGUCGAUCUGAAAGGAAAGGUUCCAGCAGUCUUGCUCGAGGACGGCAAGAAGAAGAAGACCGAUGCCGAGGAAACUGGCAAAAAGAAGGACGGAGACUCUGGCACUGAAACCGCCCCAGAGAAGACCGAAUCUUCAGAAGACAAGGACAAGUCUGCGGCAGAGCUUGAAGACCAAUCAAUGGCUAUUGCCAGCAAAACUGUAGGUGCGCAAGUCGAUACUCUGCUCGGCAAGCUUCCGGAAUUGCAGAGCAAAGAUCAGGUCGAUCAGUUCGCCCUAGACUUCUGCUUCGUCAACUCAAAGGCAUCUCGGAACAGGCUCGUGCGGGCUGUCUCAGAUAUCCCUAAAGGCCGAAUUGAUUUGCUGCCGUUGUACUCUCGUUUGGUUGCUACUCUAGGUCAAUAUUUGCCUGAUAUUCCACAAGGACUGACAACCUACCUUGAUGAGGAGUUUCGAAGUCUGCAGCGACGAAAGUCGAAGGAAUUCCUCGGCCAAGUGCGCAUGGGCAAUGUGCGAUACCUUGCUGAAUUGACCAAGUUUGGCGUUGUGCCGGAGCAUAUCAUUUUCCACUGUUUCAAGGUCUCACUCGAUGACUUCUCGCGAAUGAACAUAGAGAUCAUUGGCAAUCUUUUGGAGAACUGUGGUCGCUAUCUGUUGCGCAAUCCAGAGACAGCGCCUAGGAUGGCCUCGUUUCUGGAGACCCUGAGCCGGAAGAAGACUGUCCAGCACUUGGCUCAAAACGAACGCAUGAUAAUUGAGAAUGCCAUCUAUUAUGUGGAUCCACCCCCACGACCUGCCAUUCAGCAAAAGGAGCGCACGCCAAUGGAACAGUACAUCCGUCGGUUGAUCUACCUCGAUAUGAACAAGCGCAACUACACUAAGAUCUUGAAGUCUAUCCGCAAGCUUCACUGGGAGGAGCAAGAGGUUGUUGAUAUUUUGGAGCGUGUCUUUAGUAAACCAGUCAAAGUUAAAUAUGGGAGCAUUCAUCUUCUGGCAAUCCUUGUCAGCGCUCUGUACCGUUAUCACCAAGACUUUGUCAUCGGCGUUGUUGACAACAUUCUGGAGCAAAUUACCCUUGGAUUGGAGCAGAAUGACUUCAAGUUCAACCAGAAGCGCAUUGCCGAAGUCAAGUACUUGGGUGAACUUUACAACUACAAGAUGAUUGACUCCCCCGUCAUUUUUGAUACACUCUAUCGCAUUGUCACCUUUGGCCACGAAGGCGGGACCCCCAUGCCUGGACGAAUCAUUGCGCUGGAUCAACCUGACGACUAUUUCCGAGUUCGUCUUGCUUGCACGCUACUGGAUACAUGUGGUCACUGCUUUGACCGCGGAUCUGCCAAGAAGAAGCUCGACUUCUUCAUGACUUUCUUCCAAUACUAUCUCUUCACCAAAGACCCACUUCCCAUGGAUGUCGACUUUCUUGUUCAGGAUACCUACUCUUCUCUCCGACCCCAAUGGAAGCUAGCCACCGAUCUCGAAGAGGCUACUCGGAUUUUCAGCGAAGCUGUCGCUCUAAACUACAACGUUCCGGAUUCGGAGAGACCCAUUGACGCUGAUGAGGACGAUGCGGAGAGCAGCUCUUCUGAAAUGGGUCUUGAGGAGGAUGCAAUUCACGAUAUUGAGGAUGAGGGAGAGUCGAGCGAUGAAGCCGAGGCAUCUGGUCCGAACCCGGAGCCGGAGAUGGAUCACGAAUCUGACUCCGAGGAUGAACAGAUUGUCGUCACGCGACAGGAAGAGGAACGGGAUCCAGAAGUCGAGGCCGACUUUGACCGAGAGUUCGAGAAAAUGAUGGCUGAGAGCAUGGAUUCUAGACGAUUUGAACGCAAGGCGAUCUUUGAUAUUCCCUUGCCCAUGAAGCGCCCUGCUCGAGAGGCGACAGCCAAUGAAUCCCCUGAAUCCCCCGAGCCCAUUCCGGCUCUACCUGUGGCUCCCAAGACCAUGGCUUUCUCCUUGAUGACGAAGAAGGGCAAUAAGCAACAGACUCGUACCAUCGAUAUGCCCUCCGAUUCAAGCUUUGCUGUCGCCAUGCGGACUCAACAGCAAGCGGAUCGUGAAGAGCAACAACGCAUCAAGAGUCUCGUUUUGAAUUAUGAGGCUGCGAAUGAACCUGAGCCGACCGAGACCUUCGAGAAGCGAAUUCCAGCUAGUCAACGACUGGAAAAGCCAGGUGCCAACCGAUCCGCCUUCCGAUCACGCAAACUUCAGCUUAGUGACGUGAACUGGUAA